AUGCAGGCUCAGGAGUCCCUGAUCAAGGCAAACCCACUCGGGCCGGACACGCUGCAGACGUGUACGGCCCGCCUGGUGGUGAAGAACUCCUUUCUAGAGCUGGUCGAGAGCUCGCCGAAGCUGCGGGCUCGUCGCGUCCAUGGGACAAAGAGUGAAUCCGACCUUCCGUAUCUCUACGAGCCCUACGAGCUGCCCCAUCACCCGAGUGGGCUGAGUGACGACGACACAGACGUCGAAACUG